CAAUUGCAUCUUUUUUCUGUGUGCAAGGCAAUUACUUUUUAAAAAGUGGAAUUUCUUCAGAAUGACUAUGUACAAGAGCAAACGCAGAAACCAAAGAUAUAUCAACAUGGCAGGAGAGCCAAAACCAUACAGACCAAAACCUGGCAACAAGCGGCCACUUUCAGCACUUUACAGACUUGAAUCAAAGGAGCCCUUCCUGUCUGUUGGUGGUUAUGUAUUUGAUUAUGAUUACUACAGAGAUGAUUUCUACAAUCGGUUGUUUGAUUACCACGGCCGUGUCCCCCCACCACCUCGUGCGGUAAUUCCACUGAAACGUCCUCGUGUGGCUGUGACAACAACCCGUAGAGGCAAAGGGGUUUUCUCCAUGAAAGGAGCAUCACGAUCCACCUCAAGUGGGGCUUCUUCCUCAGGAUCCAAAUCACCCACCUGUCUUCCCCUGCCCCUUAUGUGGAGUGAUACUGUCCUUGGAAGCGUCACUGGAAGAGGAAGAGAAAGAUCAGUGAAAUCAGAUGAGUUGCAAACAAUCAAGAAGGAAUUAACCCAAAUCAAAACAAAAAUUGACUCCUUGCUAGGGAGACUGGAAAAGAUUGAAAAGCAGCAAAAAGCUGAAGCAGAAGCUCAAAAGAAACAAAUGGAAGAUAAUGCUGAUUUGAUUCAAGAGGAAUGCAUAUCAGAGAAUGCAGAUAAUUCUACGGAAGAGCCAAUUGAAGGAGGGCCAGAUGCAGAUGGGGAUGGAGAAGAUAUGACUGAUGGGAUAGAGGAGGAUUUUGAUGAGGAUGGCAGCAAUGAGCUGUUUCUACAGAUCAAGUGAUGAGAUAUCUCAUGUGAACCCCCUGAAGGCUGAGAAGAGAAACUCUGACUUCCCCACAGAAAAUUGUGAACUGCAGUUUCUUACUGGC